UUCUUCGCUCCUUGCAGGCAGCUAUCACAGAGCAUUCAUUGACAGGGUUUAUUUUACACAAUUAGCUGAUAUGGACACCUCAGACAAUGAUGAAAAUUCAUUGCUAGAAUUAGACAAUGAUGAAGAAAGCGAUGGGGAGGAACUUGAAUCGCUUAGCGAUGAAAGCAUGGGAGAAGAUAAACCCGAUGAUGAAGACGACGACCCAUCUGAAGAUGAACGCGAGAAUGAAGCAGAAAUUCAGCGCCUGGAAGAGCAACUCUCCAUCAAUGCGUUUGACUACAACUGCCACGUGGACCUCAUCAAGCUCCUGAGGCAGGAGGGGAAACUGCAUCGUCUGCGGAAAGCACGGCUGAAGAUGAGUGAGCUCUUCCCCCUCACUGAAGAACUGUGGCUGGACUGGCUGAAAGAUGAGAUUGGGCUGGCAGAGAACGAACCUGACAGAGAACGCGUUUAUGAGCUGUUUGAGAAGGCAGUGAAGGACUACCUCUGUCCAGACAUCUGGCUGGAGUAUGCCCAGUAUUCCAUUGGGGGCAUGGGCUCGUCUGGGGGCAUUGAGAAGGUCAGGAGGACCUUCGACAGAGCUCUGACUGAAGUGGGUUUGCACGUGCUCAAAGGCGCCGCCCUGUGGGAAGCCUACAGAGAGUUUGAAAUCGCUAUAAUGUCCUCGCUACAGCUGGCCCCUGGACAGAUCGCCUCACGUGAGCAGCAGGAGCUUCAAGAUGCCCAACUGGAGCGCAUCCGAUCGCUGUUCACCCGGCAGCUCUCUGUGCCACUUAUGGAUAUGGAGGCUACCUAUGUGGAGUAUUCAGAAUGGGCAGAGGAAGAUGUGCCUAAAAUGGUCAGUGAGAGCUACAAAAAGGCCCUGAAGAAGAUGGAACUUCUCAAAAGUUAUGAGGACACAUUGCUUCUUGCAGAGGCUCCGAAACUGACCGAGUACCAGACUUACAUCGACUUCGAGCUGAAGGAGGGAGACCCAGCGCGUGUCCAGAUCAUCUUUGAGCGAGCUCUUGUGGAAAACUGCCUCGUGCCAGAUCUUUGGGAGAAGUACACUACUUACCUGGACCGACAGCUCAAGCUGAAGGACCUGGUCAUCUCCUGCCACGAGAGAGCCGUCAGGAACUGCCCCUGGACCAUGACGCUGUGGAAGAACUACCUGCUGGCCCUGGAGAGGCACAGCCUGGAGCAUUCAGUCAUAGCAUCUACCUUCGAGAGGUCCUUGAAUGCCGGUUUCAUCCAGGCCACUGAUUACGUUGAGAUAUGGCAAAUACAUCUAGACUACUUGAGGAGAAGAGUGGAUUUCAGUAAAGAAUCAAGCAAGGAGCUGGAUGAGCUGAGGGCCGCCUUCUCAAGAUCUCUCGACUACCUAAAGGACAUUGAGGACCGAUUCAGUGGAAGUGGGGAUAUGUCUUGCACAGUAAUGCAGAUAUGGGCUAGGAUAGAGGCUCUUCACUGCAAAAACAUGCCAAAGGCACGAGAGCUGUGGGAGAACAUCAUGAUGAAAGGGAAUGCCAAAUUUGCCAACAUGUGGGUGGAAUAUUACAACAUGGAGAGAUGCUAUGGGGAUGCGCUUCACUGUCGAAAGGUGCUUCACAGAGCAGUGCAGAGUACAUCUGACUACCCAGAGCAUGUGUGUGAGGUUCUGCUAACCUUCGAGAGGGUCGAAGGCUCGUUGGAGGAGUGGGACGCUGCAGUGCAGAAGACUGAAUCCAAACUGUCCCGUGUGACUGAGCAGAGAGCCAGAGCAGCUGAAAAGGAAGCUAACCAGGCUCAAUUCCAGAGGGGCAAAACGGAGGAGUGGCGAAGACCUAAGGGGGGUGACAGGACGACGCUGAAGAAAAGCAACAAAAGCAAGCACAUUGCAGAAAAGAGGAAAGCAGACCCAGAUGAUGACUUUGAGGCAUCAGAGACAUCGCGCAAGCGGCAUCGUGGAAAUUGGGCAUCGGGUGGGGCUGGUGGAGAUUCUGCUGCAGCGAAAUUUGGACAAGAACCCCACGACAAAGACCAGGAGAGUAACGCAGGCGCCGCCCGAAGGAAACAACAGCAAGCGUUGUCACAGGCAACCAAGAUCAACCCCGAGGACAGGGACGACGACUGCAGCGUUUUUGUCAGCAACCUGGCCUUCACCCUCGCCAAUCCGGAGGACCAGCUGAGGACGGUCUUCCAGUCCUGCGGUGGCCUCAAGGAGGUGCGGCCCAUCUUCUCUGGCCGCGGGACCUUCAGAGGCUACUGCUACGUGCAGUUCGAGGACCCCAUCGCCGUGGCGGAGGCCCUGAAGAUGGAUCGGCAGGAGCUGGAGGGGAGGCCCAUGUUUGUGUCCCCGUGCAUCGACAAGAAGAAGAACCAAGACUUCAAGGCGUUCAAAUUCAGCGACUCCAUGGAGAAGCAGAAGAUCUUCAUCUCGGGCCUCUCCUACAGUUGCACGCAGCAGCAGCUGGAGGAGCUGUGUCAGCCCCACGGGACCAUCAAGGCCGUUCGCCUCGUCACCAACCGCUCUGGCAAACCCAAGGGCUUGGCCUAUGUGGAGUUUGCCGAUGAGAGCCAGGCAUCGCAGGCUGUUCUGAAGCUGGAUGGCACGAGCUUCCAAGACUACACCAUCUCGGUGGCCAUCAGCAAUCCUCCCAAAAGGAAACCCGAGGGCGGCUCUGGGAACCUGUUCCGAGCUAUGCCACCACCACAGAUACAGGGAGGGCGGGGGAGGGGGCGCACGCAGCUGGCUCUUCUACCACGCUCUCUACAUCGACAGCUGGUGCCGGAGGCCAAAGCGGGAAACGGAACAGCAGCCAAGGAACCAGGAGGACCACCACAGAACAAACCCAUGUCCAAUGCAGACUUUGCCCAGUUGUUACGCAACAAAUGAAAUUGAGUUUUUGUUUUUUUAAUUGACAGUGGUCUUGUGUGGUUGUACGUGUGCGUUUUUUUUUUUCUUUUUUUAACUGAAACAUGUAUGUUGUUUUGUGAAAUGGUCAUUCUUAUUGCCAAUACCCAUGUAAUAAAUUAGUCUGCUUUGUCCGUGCUCUGCACUCCACUGAAGACAUUUGAAUGCAGCGGUUUUGUAAAUAUCUUAUUAUUUGGCAUUAAAACAAUAGCAGACUGAAA